AUGGACGACAAGCCGACCGCCGUCGGCGGCGAGGAGCACUACAGUCUGCGCUGGAACAACCACCAGGCUCACCUGCUGCGCUCCUUCGAAGCACUGCUGCACGCUGAGACGCUAGUGGACGUCACGCUGGUGUGUGCUGAGCGCCGCGUGCGAGCUCACAAGGUGCUGCUGGGUGCCUGCAGUCCGCUGUUUCGCCGGAUAUUUAGCGAGAAUCCAUGCAAACACCCGGUGAUCGUGUUGAAGGACUUCCAAGGAUGGGAGGUGCAGGCAGUUGUAGACUUUAUGUAUCGUGGAGAGGUGUCUGUGGCGCAGGAGCAGCUCGGGACUGUGAUACGCGCUGGAGAGUCGCUCCAGGUUCGGGGCUUGGCUGAUCAGGACCGCGAGGAGCAUGCCAGGUCUCCGCCACCAACGCCGUUGGCCAGGAGCCCAGUGCAGACCACACCGCCGGCGCCGUCACCACCAGUGAGCCCAGCGAGCCCGCAGCCGCGGCGGAAGCAGGCCCGGCCUCGUCGCCGCUCCGGGGAGUCGGACACGCCGGAGAACCUGUCGAUGCGGCGGUCGCCGAGCGGCGGGCUGAAGGCGGUGCGGCUGACCCGGCCGCGCUCGCCGCCCAAGCAGGAGCAGGAGGAGGCGGAGGCCGAGGCGCCGCCGCCGCGCAUGUUCGCGCCGCACCAGGACAUGUUCCCGCCAGUGCCGCCUGCUGCCGUCUCCGCGCUCUCCUUAACACCACCGCACAUGUUCGGCAUGGACUCUCCGCUGGGGCUGUUCCCUCCCGGCAUGGAGCACAAGAUGUACCCGAUGAUGGACGUGGAACACCGCGCGCCGCUCGACGCACAACUAUUUACUAACGUUAAAAAGAAAUGGCGACCAAAGGGUCAGCACAGCGCGCCGCGCGGCGGCCCACCUCGAUCGUGGACGAACGCCGAGCUCACGGAGGCGCUGCAGCAUGUGUGGAACAAGAAGAUGACGACAAGCCAGGCCUCCAGGAUCUUCGGCAUCCCGUACAACUCGCUGCUCAUGUACGUGCGCGGCAAGUACGGCAAGAGCCUCAAGCUAGAGCAGCUCAGGAAAGACUGUAUCGGCGGCCCGCUGGACGUGCUAAAUCUCAACUCCGGCAACAACAACAACAACCAGCCCUCAGGCAAACACCACGACAAAGACGACCAUUCAGGACAACGACCAGCGAGCUCCGAGCCAGACAUCGCCUCGAAUCCCAUGUUCAACCCAUUCCAGCAAGGGUUCUACCCAGAGUUCCCGCCGGGAUUCCCGAUGCCGCUCAACAUGCUGCAUCUACUCCCACCCAACGACAAAGCGAGGGAACUAUAUCAGUCGAUGCCGAUGGCUCUGGACUCGCUGUCAGGAGUAACGAAAGAGGAGGACUGCAAGAGCGAUAGGUCAAAGGAGAACUCUGCCGACGAGGAGGGCGAGUCGUACCGCGCGCCCUCGCACCCGCCGCAUCCGCCCGACAGCCGCACGCUGCUGCACCACAACGGACAGGACUAAGUCCGGCGCGUCUCCGACAUGCACUGUACCUUCAACUGUUAGACAAACGAUAAGUGUGAGCGGGCUGCGAGUCCCGCGCCGCGGCUGCAGCUAGGCAUCACCGACUCGCUGUAUCCGUCGGAGGACUAAAACUGGAAUUUAGUUAGUGUAUUAAUAAGUCUCGUAACAAAUCUUAAUUACGUGUUUUAGAAAUUAAUUUUAUAUCUUGUGGUCGAUCACUGGCGACAGAACUUAAAGUUGGUGUGCUUAGUGGUACUAUAGUGCAACUUUUAACAACUUUUAAAUGUCUACUAGCCGAAUGGCGACGUGACACGUUAUUUAAAAUUGGUGUAAGUCACAGAAGUAUGAAGAGUGGAGUACGGUUACGUUAGACGUCAGGUCGUUCUUGAUAUUUCUGUGGCGUAUCUAUUUAUUGUUAUUACUUUUGUAGAGGUAUCACUCGCGAGGAAAUCAGUGAGGAUCUGGCGAGGCGGCCACAUAGUGUAAUAUUUCGAUUGGAACCUAAAACUCGCUUAAAUAACUUUGACGGUAGCUGUACGCCGUGUAUAAUUGCUAUUGUUUUGGAUGUGCAAUACUUAAUUGGAACUUACUAUGAAUACACUAGAAAGGUUUCAGUUUUACGGAUAAAUUAAUUUGUAUUAGGAAGUAUUUGUGAAAUCUCCGGGAUCGCGACCGGCGACGUCCGCAUUAAAUUAGUUAAAUUUAUAUUUAAAAGAUGUGUUAAUAUUGUAAAUGUAUAUUAAUAUCGCGUACUAAGUGAUAGGCGAUAAUUUAUUUUGAAGGAGUGCAAUAAGUAUGAAAGGUGUUGUGAUUGUUAUCGUUAAGACAUUCCGAAUUUCAUUAUUGUUAACACAUUCCGUUACAUUCCCUAUUUUUAGAUAAUGUACUAUAAUUUCUUACGAUUUUUAUUGAAUAUAAUGCAUUGAUUUCUUCAUUCAUAGUGAACCUUUGUAGAUAUAAUACGUUAUACGUGCGAAUUCACUUCUGCAUUUCACCAAAGUUUGUAAAAUAUUUCGUAAUAAUAGUUAUAAUUCGAUGAUAAACAAUUUUUAAAUGUAAAUAGUUAUUGAUAAAAAAUUAAUGGGAUAUAAAUUUUUGAAUUAACCAGUAAAUAAGGUGGACAUUUAUAUGUGUCUAAAAUGGUAAAUAGUAGUGUAUUUGUAAUUGUUGUAGUGUUAGUGAUGUGAAUCAGCGAGCUGGGCCGAGUGGGGGACGCUGACGUCACAGAGGGCCGCGACGCACUAGUCACACACAUCCACUCAAACUCAAGCAAUAGCCUUCCAAACUCAAACUACACUCAAUUACACAGACAACCACAGAUACAGCACUAACUGGCGCAAAACAAGGACGAAUGUCCAUAUCAAAGAUAUUCAAUUUCAAUGUUUUUUUUUUCAUAUACACUUGAGAAAGGGUUAUAAUAUCAAAUCAUUGUCUAACUCACGAACCCUUCUCGAUCAAUUUCAGAUAUAUUCACAAAAUAAAAUGACAGUGCGCGCCACGUUUAGACAAAUAAUGUAUCUGCACUCAAUGUUCAAAUAAAAAGGAGCUUUCAAGAUUUUAGUAAAUAAUGAAAGUUAGAAUAAAACGUUCAUACUAUCUGGCUUUAGAUAAAUGUAUACAGUGAUCACUAGAGAUACCGUGUCGUUACUUAGAAUACAUCAUUUUACCUGUUGUAAAUAUAAUUUGUAUAAUAAUGACUAUAUCUGUUGAAUAAAUCGUUUCCUUUAUACGCUAUACCCAAAUCUAACAGUAUUUACGUUCUAUAACAGUUCGUUUCUUUUAACUACAAUGUUCCCGCGUUUUUGCUCGGAAUAAUCAAUAUUUUCAUCCAAAUUAAUUAUCUAUAGUCGACGGAACAUGAAAUCUCUCAACAGAAGACUGAACACUAUUUACGAUUCUAUUUUAUAAAAGAUAUUGUACAUUUCACAUAACAGUACAGCAACGAUGGAAUCCUCAUACCUACAUACAGUAGUAACACAUAGUGUCACUUCAUAAUAACAAUAUUAUCAUUACAGGGAUUUUAUAUAUUAAACGAUUAAAUAUGAUUAAAAUAUUGUAAUAGUUUUAACAGAUUUUAUAUUGCUUUUUCUCAUUCCGUUUACGCUGGCAACAUUGAAGAAAGCAAAUACCGCGCACUUUUGUAUUUAAAUGUAACGGAUUCACAUGUAGAUAAUAUAAUAAGGUCAUGUAUUGAAUAAAUAAACAAUUGUCUGUAUGAAACGUAAAUACAUGUGCCAAAAAUUGUAAUGAAAUGAUUUGACGCGCAGGCGUCGGCGUUACUUUACUGUUCUACGAUGUUCCCUACUGAGCUUGUGUUGUGACUUGUGACCAUAGUUUACGUUCAAUAUUUCCCUAAUUCGUACAAAUUCAGCAGUAUUAGAGUGAUUUUGUUAAAGUUUUAAUUGAGAAGUUUUUUUUGUAAUUAAGUUUUGUUAUUUGUUAAUGUGUAGGUCCUUCGAUUGACGAAAUGGUUAUGCUUAGAGAAUGUUUUACAAAGUUCAGACGGAAUAUGUUCUGUGUAUAUGUAUAUUUACGGUUCUGUGGUUUACCUUAUUGCUUUAACACUUCGUUAUAUAGUAAAUUCUGUUUAUUCUCGAGCUCUCUCCGCCGCUAGACACGUUCUUGUAAAACUACGUUCAGCUUUUCAGCACUGUUCUCAUUAAGCAUAGGUGACAUCAGGAGCCAAAUGUAAUAACGUAAAGAAUUCAUAGAUAAUAUAUUGUACGACAUUGAGUACUUAUUUUUAGUUAUAAAAUGUGAUUGUAUUAAUUUAAGUAAAAUUCAAAAUAUUUAGUUCCUUCAAUUUUUGUUACGAGUAUUUAUAAAUUGUAAUUGCAAUGAUUUUUAGCUUUUAGAUAAUUGUUCUCUCCGAUAAAGAGUAUAAUUAAUUGUAAGUUUUAUUUUUUGUAAUUUAAUUUGUUGUAUUUUGCUUAAUAUAAUGACAAAUUAAAUUAAAUGAUAUCGUUACAUUAGGGUGUAAAAAAGAUUAUCUAUUUGAUCUUAAAUAAAAUACGAAAAAAUAUUUAUGUUCUAGUAUCAUUCUAACGUGUAAUUGAAAUCGAAAGAUGGAGCGUUGUAGUAAAAUUCGUUUACGGUCACCGACGUAAAGUGUAAAAAAUAAAAAUAUGAAAUACCAA